AUGUCGGGGCUGGAGAAGAGCGGCUUCGGCAUUGCGCACGACUUCAAGGGGCGGACGCAGGAGCAAUCAGAUUUCCCGAUUCUCUGCGAGACAUGCCUGGGUGAUAAUCCCUAUGUUCGUAUGCAGAGAAACAGGGAAGGCAAAGAAUGCAGGAUAUGUACGAGACCAUACACGGCUUUCAGGUGGAAACCGGGCCCGAAGGCGCGUUACAAGUCGACGGUCGUCUGUCAGACUUGUUCGGGACAAGCUUCUGGAAGGAGCGAAGGUAGAACUACCUGA